GCCGUCCUCCGGAGGGAGAACACUGGUUUUGGAGACAGGCGAGGAACGCUCUAGGUUAGGUUACCUUUGUUGGUUUGUGGUCUUUGUGGUCCCCAAACUCCAUGACGACACUCCCCCAACUCGUCAGGAGAAGUGGGGCGUAGAGUGAUGCUGUCCAAGCUUAAACGACCGUCGAGGGACGCUUCGGCGAAACGCAAUCCACCGACCAUCUUGUCGCUGCCCGACUUGGCGCUGGAGAGGGUGCUCUCCCACUUGUCAGUCGAGGACCUGUGCGCCGCCGGGCAGGCGCUCCCCCGCGUGGCCGCGCUGAGCAGGGAGUGCCGGGCGCUGUGGCGGGGCAAGAAGGCCUCCUUCCAUCAGCUCGGGGAUCUGAUGGCCAUGCUCCGAGUCAUCCCUCGCAUUGCCAGUUUGCAGUACACAGUCGUCUAUGAUUGGCGGGGUCCGUCCGAUCCGUUUAUGUGCCUCUAUUUCGAUCAUCCGAACAGCACUAGUGACUUUACGGUGUUUGGCCUCGUCACGGAGAGGGUAGCAGCACACAUUCGGGAGCAUAUCGGGGUGCCGCUAAGGUCAGGGUUGCCAGAAAGCCAGUGGCCGCUUGGUCUCUUCCGAAAAUUGCAGAAUUUCGGCUGCCGGGAGAACCUGCACGCCGAAGCACUGCUAGGCUUUGGUGGGCCGCAGGGAAAGGCGCCUGCUGCUAUUUACAACUCCUUCGACGACAUGGUGUUUCGCCCACGUGGGGCUCUGUCGAGCUUCCUCAAGGCCCUCAGUAAGAAACACCACGCACUGCUGCCAUGGAGCAGUGGUGGGCAGCUGCCGGUCGAGACCUCCAGCGUCGGUGACUCGCUCACCGUGGAAGCCGACAAGCACAUUCACGCGGCAACGCCACGUAUGCGAGGACUAGAAGAGCUUGGGAUCAGCAUGACCUCCGCAAUGUUUUGUGAAAAGGUCAUAGACUUUUUGAGUUCGUGGCCUAGCCAACCACCGCCCUCAACAUCGAGCGCGUUGUCCAACCUCAUCCAACGCCUCGCUCUGGAUAUAGGGUCGACUCUUCUAUCUCUCCGUUACCAGCACUCGGUCUUCCUCGUCCAACACCGACCUCACCCAAAGGUGUUCAUCGACCCCUCACCUUCAGCCGUGUACGCACUCAACCUGCUCGUCCUCACGAGCAGCAGUGACAAUUGUUCCGAUUGUUCUCUUGGUCGAGGCUGCCCGACGGCCGCACUGCUGAUCCUGGCGCUCAAGGACUUGGUGCGCCGCGCACCCAUGCCGAUCCACGUAAUGUUUCGCCUCUGCAGAAGCGCGACGGCGUCCCCCCAAGCACCGAGGUACCGCCUGCUCUACAGGCACCCGACGGCGCCCGACUGCUUGCUGUGCGCUGAGGCCGCUGCCGCUGCACGCGUCUGCAGUGACACUACGGGCGCUACGAGUGACGUCAUACACGUCCCGCUGCCACCGCCGCUUCUGUAGCCAUCUCGAGCCACCCCCCAGCCUCCGUCGCCCAGAGAUUAUAUAUGCGGCGCUUCAUAAAGACAAUAAUAAACUAUU